UAUUAUUUAAUUUUUUCCUCUUUUUUUUUUUUAUCCCCCUAUUCCUUACCCUACUUUAAUUUUGUUUUUUUUUCCGUGCGUGUAUGUGAAGAACUGUAACAUUUUUGGGGGUGGUUUUGUUGUUGAUUGGUGGUCGUUCUCGUUGGAUCGAGGAUUUUUUCAAAUAGAAUUUAAUUGAAUCCAAAGAAGGAUGAUACGAGUCGAUGAAACCGAUCCUGUUGGCGAAUUGGAACCCAGUUUCCCGUACAGGGACGUUAGAGUACGUCGAGGAGUUGAAUUUAAUGAACAAUAUGACAUCCAAUCAGAAAUUGGUCGAGGAAAAUUUGGCACGGUUUAUCGAUGCAAGGAAAAGAAGACCGGCUUAUCUUUGGCUGCUAAGGUGGUUAACGUAUCCAAGAAGGAAGAUCGUAGAUCUGUCGAGAGGGAAGUUGAUAUUAUGAGAAGACUUCAACAUCCAAGAUUGAUUCAACUUUAUGAUGCUAUCGACACUGGCAAACAAAUUUAUGUUAUUUUGGAACUAAUCGAAGGAGGUGAACUUUUCGAAAGGGUUAUCGACGAUGAUUUUUUAUUAACCGAACGUAGUUGCGCCGUUUUCAUGAGACAAAUUUGCGAGGGAAUUGAAUUUAUCCAUGCUCAGAAAAUUUUACAUCUUGAUUUAAAGCCGGAAAAUAUUUUAUGCUUGACGAAAGAAGGUAACAGAAUCAAAAUCAUUGACUUUGGAUUGGCCAGGGAUUAUGAUCCUAACAAAAAACUUCAAGUAUUGUUUGGUACACCGGAAUUCGUAGCACCCGAAGUCGUUAAUUUCGAUCAGAUUGGUUUUGGAACUGAUAUGUGGAGCAUUGGUGUCAUUUGUUAUGUAUUAUUAUCAGGAUUAUCACCAUUCAUGGGUGACACGGAUAUCGAAACCAUGGCUAAUGUCACCAUAGCUAAAUACGAUUUCGAUCACGAAGCAUUUACUGACAUAUCAGAAGAUGCAAAAGACUUUAUCAGGUGUCUAUUAAUCAAAGAUAAAGAAAAACGUGCAACGGCAUCCGAAUGUCGUGAACAUCGUUGGUUGCUCAAACGGGAUAAUAAUAAUCCUUUGAUCCUGGAAGAAAAAAAAGGAACGUUGAGUAUGCCAACAAAAUUAGAGAAAAAACGAUCGAAUGAUGAUCAAAUAUUAACGUCGUCUCGGGAAAUUAACGGGAAGGAAGAAAAAUUAUCGUCGAGGGAAGAAGAAAAUCUUGAUUUAACCAAGGACAAUUUGAGACUGUUCGUCGAACGUUGGAGAGAGCAUCCUGAUAGUCCAUACAUCAUAGACACGAUACAAAAUGUAUCUAAAUUUAAUACUUGGAAUGAUUUAGAAGAAGCUGUAUCGUUGCUCGCACAAAGUCCAUCACCUAGGGAAAGUAUUUGUAGUAUGGGAUCAUCUGAAACCGAAUUCAGUAAUUCCCCAUCGUUUUUAAACGUCCCUAGUAUUGGGUUGGCUUUAGAAAGAAGGGCCUCGGAAGGUACUGCAAGAAAUAAAUCACGCGAUCAGGCUAGUCAAAUAGUAUUGGCCGAAGAGAUCAUUAAAUUGUCGGAACAUUUGCGUACCAUUGCUGGUGGUAUUGAAACUGGUCAAGAAAAUGAUGACAAUAAUGUUCUUGCUCGUGAUAAUAACGAUUCUAAUUUUGGUGCUGCUACGAGUAUUAUCGUAGAUAAAGAUAAAUCGCCUGGAAGAUCUAAGAAACAAUUGAAAAGUAAUCAUUUGAAACAGACAACGUUGGAGACUAACGAGUGUAACGAGAUUACGGAAAAAUUGUCAAGUUUAACUAGGCAAAGGAAACUCAAUGGGACUACUUUUCACAGUAAUCGUAAUUUGGAUCGUUAUAAUAAUUCGAUUGAAAAUCAUUCGAUGAAUAUGUUUGCCUCGUUCAGAAGAAAAAAAGCUAUUGAAGAUAAAAUGUUUUCUUUGAACAAGAACGAUUCCGAAGAUAACAGUUUAAAUGACGAUAGUUCGAGUACGACCAGCAGUUCGAUUAGGGUACAAAACGAUCAAACGAAAUCUAUGAAAUCAGAUAAAAAUAAUGAUAUUGAUUUAACACCACCGUGGAGACGUAACAGGGUUAAACAUUCCUUCGGUGAGACUAGCAGAGAUGUACCUAGGAUAUCCAAUUUACGUGAUUUACAUAAAAGUUUGAACUUAGAUGAGCCAGCCAAUACGAAAGAUUUAUUGUUACAUCUGUUAGGCGAAUGGGAGGAAAUUGGUAACAAAACUUCAACGUUAGGUAGGAAAUCUGUUAGCAUCGAUUGGUGCGGUGAGGAAUCUGUUGCUAGGAAAACAAUGAACUCCUUGGCAGAAUAUUUUCAAUCGAAACAACAAAAGUCUACUGCUAGUAAUGUUCCCGACGAUUCACCUCCACCUAUUUAUCGUUAAGAAUAAAAUCUAAUUUAGAUUUUCAGGACGCGUAUUGAUACUUUUGAUGGACCUCCAUUUGUGAAAUCGCGACAGAACGAUUUUACAUUGAAUUAAUUUAAUUCUUACGCAUUUUUUGUGGGGGGGGGGUGGGAUUUUGUUUUAGGUGAAGCCUAAUAGUGAAAGGUUUUUAAAAUAUGGUCCUACGAAAAAAGCGUGACUUCGAUUGAAAUUAAAUGAUUACGGUACAGGAUAUUUUUUAUUUUCUUUAUUAAUUAUUCCAAAUAAUUCCGCGAAUUUUUUCUGUUCGUUUUUUGAUUAUUAAAUUAAUCAAUUAUCGAUACACCUAACACGAAACAAGUGAUAAUCAUUUUGUUUUAACUUUACAAUUUGAUUCGCGUAUAGCCUGGACGAAUUCUUGCCAAUUUGUUAACACAUGUAUUUUAUAUAAAAAUUCGGCACGAAUUUUCUUGGGGUAUUUUUAAUAUUGAAAAAUAUAUUUUUAUAAAACGUGACACAUAAUAGAAUUGGAUUAAAGUUCCUCUUUUUUUCUGGUUAUUAUUUUGUAUUUGUAUUAUUCAAAAUAACGAGAGAUACACUAACAGCAUUGAAUUAUUGUUUAAAAGACAAUUCGUCAAGUAUUACUUUGAUUACUUGAUGAUAUUUUAUUAACUAUCGUACGUUUCGUACACUUGACUAUUAUUUAUAAUUUUUCUUCUUUGAUAAUUAUUAAGAGUUGUUU